AUGAGUCUAAAAGCCUUCAUCCCGUCGCUGGUUCUCGAGAAGCCGACCACGGGCAAAGAAAGGGACAAGUCCAGCAUCCAGUGUCUUGAAGCCUGCGGCAGGAACCUCUACAUCGGUGGCAAGGACUCUCUCAUCCAGCAUUUUGUCGUGAUGGAUGAGGGCGGGCCGGGGCCAGGAAUGGAAGGGAAGAGCGCAGGAAUUCGGGAGGUGCGGAGGAGGCAGCUUGGGUCACGGAGCCCCAUCUCGCAGCUGGGGGCCAUCCCGUUCCUGAACCACCUGCUGGUGCUGAGCGAUGGUUCACUCAGCGCACUGAACAUGUUCUCCCUGGAACCCCUUCCUGGUCUCCGGAGGAUCCGUAGCGUCUCAUUCUUCCACCUCCACGGGGCCGACGUGUCCGCUCAGCCGUCCCCCGCAGUGGAGCUUUUCACUCUUUCGGCCCGGAGGAGGUCAGUGAACAUCCACAGCGUAUGGGUGGAUCGGUGGGAUUGUCUCAGGGAGGUGUCCCUCCCCCAGGAGCCACUCUCAUUGGCUGUGGACAGGAGCAGUCUUUGUGUUGCCGCGGGUGACAGGUACUUCCUUCAUGACCACGAGGCCGGGGCGACCCUUGACCUGUUCCCACAUGACCUGCCCAAGCAAGGCGUCAUCGUCAAUGCUAUCGGAAAAGGAGAGUUUCUUUUGCAUGGUCCGGGGUCUCUGGGCAUGUUUGUAACGAGAAGUGGAGUGUCUGGCCGGCCCCCUAUACAGUGGUCAGAGGGGGUCCUGGGGGCAGUGGUGCAUUUCCCCUAUGUGCUGACUCUGUGCAGCGAAGCUCUUCAUAUCUACAGCAUGCUGGACCAGAGAAUCAAGCAAACCAUUCCUCUGAGCAGAGCCAAGGGCCUGUUCUCAACCCCAGAAAGGGUGUUUGCUUUCUCAGAAAGAGAGGUGCUUUGCUUGAGCCCUGUUGCUUUGGAGGAGCAGAUCAAGGCUCUGGUGGCGAGCCAACACGUGGACGCGGCUUUGGACUUUGUCCAGGGGGUGCAAUCCCUGUUAUCGAAGGACACCUACAAGGUCCUACACAAUAAUUUGACUUGUACACUGGGAUUUGUGAAGUUCUACCAGGAACGUUUCUCUGAAGCCAAGUACCUUUUCAUCGAGGGCAAUCUGGACCCAAGAGAAAUCAUUGCCUUGUACCCCGAGCACUAUCCUGUCUGCAAAGACUUUGUUUCCCAGCAUGCCCCUGUCUUCAAUGCCAAAGACCUCCGGGCACUGAAAGAAGACUGUGCCACAUUUGAGCGAUACCAGAGCUUCCUGACUAAUUUCCUGAGGGAGGUGCAGUGGUCUGACCAGAGCCAUCAUUGCCGCCAGGAUGUUGACGGAGUGCUUCUUAAACUAUACUUGGAACGAGGAAAUGAAGCUGACCUUGUGGAACUCCUGUCCUCUGCCAAUGCCUGCGUCCUCAAUACGUGUGUACCCUAUUUAGAGUGCCACAAAAGAUUCUAUGCCCUUGGUCUGCUGUAUCAGAGCCAUAGCCAAGAUGAGAAUGCAAUCCAGACCUGGGUGAAUAUUGUGGAUGGCGAUGAUCCAGAUGGUAUGAGUUCUGCUGCUUAUGAGCAAGUCGUAAAUGCACUCCGUCAACAGAAGAGCAGGCAGCUGGUCUGGAAGUUUGCUGACUGGGCUCUGCAGAAGAGCCAGGAGGUAGGGGUACAGAUAUUCACCAGUAGAGAGGAAGAACAGGCUCCAUUUGAGGAGGAAGAAGUCUUGAGCUUUCUGAACAAGCAUCACCUGGCUUUGGCACUGUACCUGGAGCAUUUAAUUUUCGCUCUGAAAAGCAAGAAAGAGAGGCACCACACCCUUCUAGCCAUGACAUAUGUCACGCAAGUACUGGGCAUAGUGGAGAAGGGAGAGGGUUCAAACAUAACUGCAAACUCAACCAGGGAAAAACUGCAGCAAUUCCUCUGGAAGUCAACCUUAUACAGCACUGUUGCAGUUCAGGAACAAAUCCAGGCAACUUCCCUUCACUUGGAGAGAGCUAUCCUACAUGGGGUUGCAGGGGAGCACCGCAAAGCCCUUGAGGUCCUGGUCCACGGGGAGAAGGAUCUCCAGGCCGCAGAAGACUACUGCAGGAUGGCAAGGAGUAACCAAGCAAAGGAAUUUGGUAGCCCCCUCUAUCAUCUCCUGCUCAACAUCUACUUGGACUCACCACAGCUGGCCACCAAAGCCACAGACCUUCUGAACCGCAACGCUGAAGCCUUCGACCCUGUCGCUGUCCUCCGGGUGCUGCCUGGGACGUGGUCAAUGCCCCUGGUGUCCAGGUUCUUGUCUGAGUCUGUGAGAGGAUUGGUCCACCGCAGGAAAAUGGGAGGGGUGGAGAGAAAUCUAGCAAAGGUGGAGCACUUCAGGCACAAGUGUACAAGGACCACACUCACUCGAGGAAUGAUUAAAGUGGAGAGGGACCAGGUCUGCCAGAGGUGUGGGAGAUACCUAAAUGAACCAGAGUUUCUGCGUAGUCUUAAAGGAGAACUUAUUCACACACAUUGCUGGAGUCAUGAGGAGCCGUCUGCAUAACAACAGGACCUUGUACACACAUUCACUUCCACAUGUACACUCUCAAUUAAGUAUACACAAACUCAUUCAUGAACAUGCAUUACCGAGUUCAAACACAAGUGAGCACUGGGCCAGAAAAGCCCGGCAGGAUCCAGAGUUGUUCUCCGUAGGGGCAGACGAGGAUCCGGAAAUUCCCAGGGCAUGGUUUGGCCUGCGGCCGAACUGGUGGUCUGAGAGGCAGCAAUGGAGUCCCGGGCCAGUACAGUCAUGGAAGGCAUCUGACUGGAGAGAUGAUGAACAGCCUGCUGUAAUGAGCAGAUUUUGUUUAGUUUCGUGCUGUCCCAGUCGAAUGUCUUGAUGGUGGAGAGCCUCCAAUUUGAACUGUGACGGACUCCGCAAGUUCACUGCUUCAACAUUUUUAAGGCUCAGACAACCCAGCAGCUGUCUUUUUAACCCUUAACCACAAAAUCUAGCUAUCAGUAACCAGCAAACUAGCUAGCUUUGUCGCAAAAUAAAUUAAGAAGUUAGCUAAAAGGUUGGCUGUAUUAUUCUACCUUAGAGAGACGAUACCUAACUGGCUAGGUAGGUAAUAUUAGCUUACGCUACAAUGAGGACAGAUGUUUUAGUCGAGACCUUUCUUUUUAGUCCAGUUGUUCCGCUGCAUUGUUUUUAUUGGCUUGAGUAAGUUAGCUAACACAACAGCUGUCACUAAACGUCCCUAAAUCUUCUUGGUUUGCUUCAAUAAUUUUAUCAGCACCACAAUUAACAACAACUUAUCUUGCUAUCCAGAACUAAAAACUAGUCAAAGUUUGCUAAUGUUAUCCGCUACCUCAAAACAAAGAUUCCAAAAUGGCUUAGCCUACAAACUAACAUUAAAUAACUACAACCAGUAACUAACUAUUAAAGUCUCUCACUGUUUUUCUUGGAGAUGUUUCGUCCAGUGGCUAUGUCUAGUCCAGUUUCAGUUGCUGUUCAGGUGCUAUGUUCGGUAGGUAGAACUGUCUCACACUACAAUGGUCACCUUGCAGUGGAGCCUCUGCUCUACUGUUUAAGUAUCUUGUGUAUGUGAUAUUUCCACCCCCACACUCAGGAGACUGCUGGUGAUGUUUUUGACAGCUGUUUUAGGGGUUUUCUUCACAGCUUAUAUGUCAUGAAUUGCAGGUGUCUUCCUUGGCUGACCUGUACAGUUGGCCGACUACAUUUCCAGGUUUCUUUCAUGGUGCUGUGUUCUUAGAGUCAGGGUUACCUUUCAGAAAAUACCAGGAUUAUGCCUGUAGUCAAAAGGGUUCAAGAAUAGUAGCCAUUUUAUGCUGGGUAUUUACACUUCAAGCUUGUGUUAAGAAAAAAGGUGAUAUUUAAGGGGUAAACUAGCCUGAUUUAUCCGAAGUUUGGAUUAGAUGGGUUUUCUCAAGUAUUUCGGAAAGAGUAUGAAUUCAGCUGAGUUGCAAUUGUGUUACUGACAGCUUUGAUAACUACAUAAAGGUAAGAAAAAUAGUUCAUCAACUUUAUAUUAUCAUUUAGCUAUAAAAACGCAGCAUAACUCCAGCAACCCCACUGGAUUAGAGAAAAUCUACUGUUUUUUGCUGCUUUGCUGGCAUGCUAAACAUUUUUUCUGUUAGCUGUGAGCUGUCAUUUCUCAAGGCAGCGUUGAGUGUCAUCUAGAGUGU